AUGUGUCUGAGUUUUCUUAUUUUCAAUCCUCAGGAUUUUCCACGCCACUCUUUUGAUCCGAAGGUUCAGGUACCAUUCUAUACUCCCCCUACUGAGUGCCCUCGCAAGCUACAGAUUGAGAGACGGAAACGGAGGUAUCAGAGUCUCUCACUACAGAGAAUUCUGGAAAAUGAGUACCAUAUACGAACGGAAGAUUUGAUAGCUAGGUUCUUGGAUGGCACACAGGAUGCCAAUGGUGAAUGGACGACAUACUUACCUUUGGAGAAUUUCGAUGAUGAAACUUACGACUGUAGAACUCCAGAAGAUUGGUUGGAAAUGGGUAUUGAAGACGGAGUUCGCAAGCCCGUGCCAGCACUCUGUCUCUUGCCAGAGAGAGAUGACCAACAACAUCUUGACAUUCGUGAUCCGGAAAUUGUAUGGAAGUGGCAACUUUCUGGCGUACUAGACUAUGAUAAAAAGUCAAAAUUGUGGCUGGUUCAAAAGGUAGAUGAGAACGGACGCUUAUUGGAUGAGUACGGUAAUCCUAUCGUCAACGGAGGACUACUUCCCAAUGGAACGUUUUCUGAACUAAGCAGUCAAUACUGGAUUCCACGUCUUCAGGUUAUGUUUAUCGCUGAGAAUCCAGAUGUGUUUGCCCAACGGAUUGCUGCGGCCUAUCGCGACAGAAAAGCCCACGAAGCUGGACUUCGUUAUCAUCUUUAUUUGGACUGUAUGCCUACGGAGGGCAUUGCGGAACUCAGUAACCCUGUUCUGAAACGCAUAGUCCAUUUGGCAAAGAAUGAUACCUGCACAGUGAAAAACUACAGAGGGUUGGAAGAAGCUACACAAGCACUGGAGAAAGAGGUGAUGUUUGAUUUCUGGAGAGGCAUGAAUGAUUUGAUCCUUCGAGAAUUGGUCGAGAAAAACAAGGCUCAGUACAGUUUUAUACGGCCCGUAGAAGUCAAAAAGCGAGAAGUUCCCUGGAAAGGAACGCUUGAUAUUCCAAGCUAUGACUUCGACGACAUGUUUGAUAAGUUUGCCUCGCGGUCGAUGCUGACCAAGCCAGAGGCGAUUGUGGCUCUUUGCAAAGCACAGUUUGAGUGUCUGGAAGCACGAUCCAGACUGAUGUUCCAUGUACCCAUGGCAAAACAUACAAGACUGGAGGAAUUUGAACAAACGCAAUCGAUGACUACAAAUCAAGUGGCUGUAUUCCUGAAGGACACGUGGAUUGACAACUUGCGCAAAUACAUUCGGUCUUGUUUGAGGGACAGUGGGAAAGGAUGGUUUAACAUAUACGAAACGGAUUUCUACGUGUACACUCAGUCCAAGUUGAAAAAGCUCAUGGAACUGGUGAAAUACUGCAUGCAGGACACGCUACGCUAUUUGGUGAUGGACUCACUCACCAGCCUGACCAAUAUGAUACGUGAUGGAUGUGUGAGCUGUCUCAAUCUGCCCGAAAAUUACGAGUGGACCAACGAUCUGCUGACCAGCAGUCUUCCCCCGAAGAAAAAUCCCAUCUUUCUGGUGGACUUGGUUUUGGACGCUGAUGGCCCGCACUACAGCACGCCACUGCAGAACUUCAUUAACGUCCUGAUAACCCUAUUCAACAGAGCAAUCAAUUCGGUUCAGGACGUACCUCAACUGGAAAGGUUUGUGAUGGAAGGUAUCACCUGCGCGGAAAAUCCACUUCUUGAGGCUGUUGGUAUUCGGGAACCUCCAGUGGAACAGCUGCGACAAAGGCUGCGAGACUAUCUAACUGCAUCGCUCAUUCCAAUGGAAGCAUAUGCCCGGCAGUAUGAAAAGUUCAUGGAACUGACCAUGUUGGAUAUCAACACUUAUCUCAAAAUCUACGAAUCUCAAAAUCAAAGCGCAUUGGAAAUAAAGCUACAAGUUGAAAAGCAGCUUAAGGAGAAAGAGAUGGUGGAAACGACCAUUCCAAGCUCAAUCAUUAUUGGACCCUUCUAUGUGAAUACGGAGCCAGUGCGACAGACCUUGAUUAAAAAGUGCAAGGCCCUAACAAGUGCAUUAUUGGAUCUGCUGGCGCGGCAGUUACGAAAACAAGCUGAUCAGGCCUCCGAAGAAUUCCGGAUGAUUGCAGCCCGUCUUUAUGAGAAACCGAACACCAUCGAAGAGUUGACAGAAAUGCGCGAAUGGAUUGCCACCAUUCCCGACCGACUAGAAGAACGUCAAGAAGGCAUCGACAAGGCCAUCUCUGACUAUGAACUCAUUGACGCCUUCUUCUAUAUUCUUUCCGCUGACGACUUCAAUGCGAAAUGGACAACGAUCGGUUGGCCGCAUAAGAUCAAACAAAUGAUUAUCCAGGUGGAGAAGAAUCUCGAGGACGAUGAAGAACGGUUCAGAAAACUGCAAAUAUCCGAGUCGUCCGCAUUUAGCGAUAAACUGGAUACACUUACAAUGAUGGUUUCAUCGAUGGCCUCCUACACAGAAAUCAGUAAGGCACAAGAAGUCGCCAACGAGGUUCGACGUAUAUACAAACAAUUGCUGGAUGCACAAACUUUGGCUGGGACGUACAACAAUCGCGAGAGACUUUUUGGGCUGCCUAGCACGAAUUACGAAAAAAUUCCUCGUCUGUUGAAAGAUUUCGAACCUUUCAAAAACCUGUGGCUCAGUGCCGCCGAAUGGCUAAAAACACAGGAGGCUGUUAUGAACGACCCAUUGAGUUCAAUUGAUGCGGAACAGGUGGAGAAACAAGUUCAAGAAUGUUACAAGACAAUGCACAGAUCCACCCGUAUAUUCCACGAGCUUCCCGGGGUGCAGGAGGUGGCUAAUCAAAUCAAACAGGCUAUUGAAGAAUUCAAGCCGUUCAUUCCACUUAUUCAAGGUUUGCGCAACCCAGGUAUGCGUAAACGUCACUGGGAAGAAUUGAGCGAACUACUGGGUGUCAGCAUCAUACCAAAAUCAACGCUCACUUUCGCCAAAUGCUUAGAAAUGCGAUUACAAGACCACAUUGAGACAAUUGCAAAAGUUGCUGACAUUGCCGGGAAGGAGUACUCUAUUGAAAGUGCUCUGAACAAAAUGGUUAGCGAAUGGCAGUCGGUUGUAUUCGAAAUUCUGCCCUACAAAGAUACCGGUACUUGUAUCGUAAAGAUAGGUGACGAAGUUAAUCAGCUGUUGGAUGAUCAUGUGGUAAUGACACAGUCAAUGAACUUUUCUCCAUACAAAAAGCCAUUUGAAGAGCGCAUUGCUCAGUGGGAAAGUAAACUACACAUCACUCAAGACGUGUUAGACGAGUGGAUAACAUGCCAAAGGCAGUGGCUUUACUUAGAACCAAUAUUCAGUUCGGAAGAUAUAACCCGGCAACUACCUGUUGAAAGUAAACGGUACCAAACUAUGGAUCGAAUAUGGCGCAAAGUCAUGAAGCAAGCAGCCGACCAACCGCAAGUAAUCACAUUAUGUCCCGAUCCACGCCUACUGAAUAGUCUGCGGGAAUGCAACCGUCUCUUGGAUCAGGUGCAAAAAGGACUAAGUGAAUAUCUGGAAACAAAACGUCAGGCAUUUCCCCGGUUCUACUUUCUGUCCGACGAUGAACUUUUGGAGAUUCUUUCUCAGACCAAAGAUCCUACAGCUGUGCAACCUCACCUGCGCAAAUGCUUUGAGAAUAUCGCCAAGCUCAACUUUGAACCAGAUCUAGAGAUCACUGCUAUGUACUCAUCUGAAGGAGAAUGCGUCCAGUUUGAAAAGACCACGUAUCCGACCGGGAACGUAGAGGAAUGGAUGUUGGAGAUUGAAAGCAUGAUGCGAACUUCUGUACGUGCGAUUAUUGGGCGUGCACUGGAAGCGUACACUAAGACACCACGCACCGAGUGGGUACUCCAGUGGCCUGGACAAGUCGUUAUUGCAGGCUGCCAAACCUUUUGGACAAGUGAGGUGACGUCAGCUCUCGCUGGAGGGUCACUGGAACAGCUGUAUCCCAAUCUCCUCAGGCAGCUGGAUGGACUUCGUGAAUUGGUUCGCGGAGAUCUUACUAAGAUCGGUCUUAUGACUUUAUCCGCACUCAUUGUCAUCGAGGUACAUGCACGAGAUGUUGUUUCGCGUAUGAUGGAAGAAGGAGUGAGAAAUGUGAACGAUUUUGAAUGGAUUAGUCAACUGCGAUACUAUUGGCUUCGGGAAGAGGAGGAACUGAAGCUACGUGCUGUGAACGCUGAGUUCAAUUAUGGCUACGAGUACUUGGGAAAUACGACUCGAUUGGUCAUCACACCUCUGACUGACCGCUGUUACUUGACUCUGACGGGUGCACUGCAUCUGAAAUUUGGUGGAGCACCAGCUGGACCAGCGGGUACGGGGAAAACUGAGACCACAAAAGACCUGGGCAAAGCCUUUGCUAUCCAAUGUGUUGUGUUCAACUGUUCCGAUCAGCUGGAUUUCAUGGCGAUGGGUAAAUUCUUCAAAGGUCUGGCUUCGGCUGGAGCCUGGGCGUGCUUCGAUGAGUUCAACCGAAUCGAUAUUGAAGUCCUAUCCGUGGUCGCCCAACAGAUCACAACUAUUCAAAAAGCACAACAACAGCGUGUAACUAGGUUCAUCUUUGAAGGAGAUGAACUUGUCCUGAAGCCAUCCUGUGCAGUGUUCAUUACCAUGAAUCCAGGUUACGCAGGUCGGACAGAACUUCCAGACAAUUUGAAAGCCCUAUUCCGUCCGGUGGCUAUGAUGGUUCCAGAUUAUGCUCUGAUUGCAGAGAUUUCAUUGUUCUCAUUUGGGUUCUCAGAUGCACGUCUUUUGGCAAAGAAGAUAGUGACCACAUUCAAGCUUUCUUCGGAACAGCUAAGUACUCAGGAUCACUACGAUUUUGGUAUGCGUGCAGUGAAAAGUGUGAUUUCCGCGGCUGGUAACCUGAAGCGCCAGAAUCCGGAGAUGGAUGAGGAACUCAUCUGCCUUCGUGCUAUUCGGGAUGUGAACGUACCGAAAUUCCUAUCGGACGACUUGAAGUUGUUCAACGGUAUCGUUUCCGACUUGUUCCCGAACAUACGGGAACAGCCAGUGGACUACGGUGAUUUAACCAUUGCCUUGAAAACAUCAUGUGGAAAACUGGGUCUAAUGGAUGUGGAAGGUUUUCUGCACAAGUGCAUUCAGCUAUACGAGACUACAGUAGUUCGCCAUGGUCUAAUGCUGAUCGGUCCAACAGGAUCAGGAAAGACAAAAUGCUACGAAGUGUUGAAAGAUGCACUCACCUCAUUGCGUAACAAACCAUCGCCGGACGGAAGCUUCUUCCAAAUAGUCCACACCUAUGUGCUUAACCCGAAGUCUAUCACAAUGGGCCAGUUGUACGGUGAAUUCGACUUACUCACCCAUGAGUGGACUGACGGGAUCCUAAGCACUCUUAUUCGCCAAGGUGUCAACGCAAACAACGAAGAAAAACGCUGGUAUCUGUUUGAUGGGCCAGUGGAUGCUGUCUGGAUUGAGAGUAUGAACACCGUCUUGGAUGACAACAAGAAGCUGUGUCUGAGCAGUGGAGAAAUAAUCAAACUGACCGACGCAAUGACCAUGAUGUUUGAGGUGGCCGAUCUGGCAGUGGCCUCACCGGCAACCGUUAGUCGUUGUGGUAUGGUCUAUUUGGAACCUACUAUACUGGGCCUGGAUCCUUUCGUGCAAUGUUGGAUCCGACGAUUGCCCGAUGCCAUAUUCGCACAUCGUGACAAACUCCAAGCAUUUUUUGAUCUUUACAUGAAUGAUACUCUAGAAUUUAUCAGAAAAGAAACCAAAGAGGUCAUCCCGACUACGGAUGGGCAGCUUUGCUUCAGCUUAUUGAAAAUGCUUGAAUGCUUCUUUACUCCGUUCUUACCGAAGGAGGCUGUAACUUCCAAAAUGAAACGCAUGCAGGCCGACAAGACCAAGAAUCUGAAGGCACCUCUGCGUCCAAUGGUUGACGAUAAAGCCAACCAAGUCACUGAAGACGUCCUGGUACGCAUCGGUCAAGCACUGGAGUCUUGGUUUAUAUUCUCGUUGAUCUGGUCAUUCGGUGCAACGUGCACUAAUGAAGGGCGAAUCAAGUUUGACGAAUACUUGCGUCGAAAAAUGAGGGAAUUAAAGAGUAUAAUGCCAUUCCCCGAAGAAGGUACGGUAUACGACUAUCGUUUCGACGAUGCAGGACUUCUCCGAAUGGACGCUCGCGAUUUUGACGAUGAUGAUGUGCCAAUAGCUGAAAAGAAGAUGAAAUGGGUUCAUUGGAUGGCCAAUAUGUCUGAGGUGAAUGUUCCAUCGGAUAUUCGCUUUUCCGAUAUCAUUAUCCCAACCAUCGACACUGUCCGAUGUGGCCAUUUGAUCGAAAUGUUGUUGGUAGCCAAGAAACCUGUCCUAUGUGUCGGGCCAACAGGGACUGGGAAGACAAUGACCAUCAUGAACAAACUGACACGCAAUAUGCCGAAGGAGUACAUACCAGAGUUUAUGAUAUUCAGUGCCAAAACCAGCGCCAGACAAACACAAGAACUCAUUGAUGGGAAACUGGACAAGCGUCGGAAGCAAGUUUAUGGUCCCCCGAUGGGCCGUUACAUGAUAUUCUUUAUUGACGAUCUGAAUAUGCCAGCACUCGAAGUAUUCGGAGCCCAACCUCCAAUUGAACUGAUUCGACAAUGGAUGGACUUCGGUGGAUGGUACGACUUGAAGACUAUUGGGGAAUUCCGAAAACUGGUUGAUGUCAACUUCAUCGGUGCCAUGGGUCCACCGGGUGGUGGACGAAAUCCUGUCACUCCACGUCUAAUGCGACAUUUCAACUUUCUGGCCUACAACGAAUUGGAUGUGCAAAGUAUGCAAACCAUAUUCGGAACGAUUCUCAAGUCUUGGCUUAACCGGCUCGGUCCUGAUAAACCACCAGCUCUUCUCUUGCCCCAUGCGGAUGCUUUGGUUCAGGCCACAAUUUCCAUGUACACCACAAUUCAGUCACAACUGUUGCCCACACCAGCCAAAAGUCACUACACAUUCAACCUGAGAGAUCUUUCCAAGGUAUUUCAAGGCAUGCUCAUGAUGGAACCGACUAGUUUGAUUGGUAGCUUGGAACAGCUACUUCGCCUCUGGUUCCACGAAUCAACACGUGUAUUCCAGGACCGGCUGGUAAACGACACAGAUCGCGACUGGUUCCGUAAUUUGAUCAACGACAAAUCGAAAGCAGUGUUUGAGCUACCUGUUUCGGAAUAUGUCACGAACGAACCGUUGCUCUACGGCGACUUCCUGACGGCUGCAGCAAGCGAUGUGUGGAAGUACAUCGAAAUGACUGAUCAUGCACAGGUACUACAAGUGAUCGAGGAAAAUCUGGACGACUACAAUCAGAUUAACACCGCCAAGAUGAACCUUAUAUUAUUUAUGUAUGCAGUGGAGCAUAUAUGUCGAAUCGCUCGCAUUAUCCGACAACCGCAAGGCAAUGCCCUUCUCCUUGGCAUGGGUGGUAGUGGUCGCCAAAGCCUCACACGUCUAGCAUCUCACAUGGCUGAAUAUGAGUGCUUCCAGAUAGAAUUGUCAAAGAACUAUGGAUUCAGUGAUUGGCGUGAGGAUUUGAAAAAAAUUAUGAUGACCGCUGGAAUCGAGGACAAGUCUGUUACUUUCCUGUUUUCGGACACACAGAUCAAGUCUGAGUCUUUUCUGGAGGACAUCAACAAUUUAUUGAAUGCUGGCGACGUUCCUAACAUCUAUACACUCGAUGAUUUAGACAAGAUCUACGAUGCGAUGAAGAUGAUUGCGGCCGAUCAGGGACUCCAGCCGACCAAGACCAAUCUGUUCAAUUGUUACACAAAGCGUGUGCGCGCCAACCUGCACACCGUAAUUACCAUGAGCCCUAUUGGAGAGAUAUUCCGUGCUCGUUUGCGACAAUUCCCUGCACUUGUCAACUGCUGCACAAUCGAUUGGUUCAGUCCAUGGCCUUCGGAGGCGUUAGAGUCGGUUGCUCUGAGAACAUUGAAGCAGAUGCCUGAGCUAGAUGUGGAUGAUAGCACGAUAGAAGCCAUGGUUAAAAUGUGUAUCGAUCAACACCAGUCGGUGGUGCGUAAUACGGAUCUACUGCAGAAUGAGCUGAAUCGACAUAACUACGUAACACCCACCAGUUUUCUCGAAUUACUUGGGGUGUUUUCGAAGAUCUACGGUUUGAAGAAAGAGGAACUCAAGACUGCGCGUAACCGCACCAAAAUUGGUUUGGAUAAGCUGCUGUUUACUGAAGAAGUGGUAUCCAAACUACAGGAAGAGCUCGAGAUCAUGAAACCGGAAUUAGAAAGAGCAGUAGAAGAAUCCAAGGUCACCAUGGAAGAGAUUGCUCGUGAUUCAAAGAUUGCUGAGGAGACUCAAUCAGUUGUGGCACAUGAGGAACGUCAGGCGAUGAAAAAGGCCAAGGAAUGUCAGACUAUUCGUGAUGACGCCCAGCGUGACCUUGAUGAAGCAAUGCCCGCACUCUACGAGUCAUUGGAGGCGUUGAAGUCACUGAAUAAGAACGAUAUCACUGAGGUGCGUGCUAUGAUGCGCCCACCGGAAGGCGUCCGUCUAGUGAUUGAAACUGUGUGCAUAAUGAAGGACGUGAAGCCGAAGAAGGUGGCCGGGGACAAGCCGGGUGUUAAAGUGGACGACUACUGGGAGCCUGGAAAAAUGCUCCUUCAAGAUCCUGGGAAGUUUUUGGAUUCAUUGUUGAACUACGAUAAGGAUAAUAUUCCAGACGCAAUAAUAGCUAAAAUAAAACCUUACAUUGAGUCCGAGAGCUUUAUGCCUGCUGCGAUUGCUAAAGUUAGCAAAGCAUGUACCAGUAUUUGUCUCUGGGUACGUGCAAUGUACAAGUACCAUCAUGUGGCGAAAAACGUAGCCCCAAAACGGGCGGCACUACAGGCUUCAGAGUUGGAGCUAGCUGAAACAGAGAAAAUACUGAAAGAAGCUCGCAGUCGUUUAAAAGCAUGCGAAGAACGCAUCGCAUCACUUCAAAUCAAAUACGAUGAAUGCAUACGUCGACAGCGCGAAUUAGAAGAUAAAAGUCAACUUUGCGAAGCGCGUCUAGUUCGGGCCGAUAAGCUAAUCGGUGGACUGGGUAGCGAAAAGUUGCGGUGGCAGGAUUCGGUUGUGAAAUUUGAUCAGCUGCUUGAUAACCUGGUUGGUAACGUGCUGUGUGCUGCUGGAUCUGUUGCUUACUUUGGCCCGUUCCCAGGCAAGUAUCGUGCUGACAUGUCUAAUGAAUGGGUAACAAAAUUACGAGGACAUGCUGUUCCGCACACCACGGAUCCAUCACCUACCCUCGUCCAGACAUUCGGGGAUCCUGUAAAAUUGCGCAACUGGCAUAUAUUUGGUCUUCCGAAAGACACCUUAUCCAUAGAAAAUGCAUUUAUUGUGCAAUUUUCGCGUCGUUGGCCGUUAUUCAUUGACCCACAAGGUCAAGCUAAUAAGUGGAUCAAAGCUCUAGGAUCGGCUGACGGUAUGAUUGUUCUCAAGAUGUCUGACAAGGACUUUUUGAGGAGUUUGGAAAAUACCAUACGAUUUGGUAAGCCGUGUCUCCUAGAGAACGUGGGUGAGGAACUUGACCCAGCAUUGGAACCCAUUCUCCUGAAACAGACUUUCAAACACCAGGGAGCGACAGUCAUCAAGUUGGGUGACGCCAUAAUCCCCUAUCAUAAUGACUUCCGCUUCUAUAUCACCACCAAACUUCCCAAUCCGCACUAUAAACCAGAAGUUUCCACCAAGGUUACUCUGGUCAACUUUACCUUGUCACCAGACGGAUUGGAAGAUCAGUUACUCGGCUUGGUGGUUGCUGAGGAACGACCUGAUUUGGAAGAAGCAAAGAGUCAGCUAAUUGUAAGCAAUGCCAAGAUGAAGGAAGAACUGAAAGAGAUUGAAGACAGAAUUCUUGAACGCCUCAGUGCAACGGAGGGGUCACCUGUGGACGACAUCGAUUUGAUCCAAACACUAGAGGCUUCAAAGCUCAAAUCUAGUGAAAUACAGGCCAAAGUUGUUGCAGCGGAGCAAACAGAACAUGAUAUUGACGAAACCCGUAGUAAAUAUAUUCCUGUCGCCGUUCGUACUCAAAUCCUAUUCUUCUGCGUGGCCGACCUUGCAAAUAUUGAUCCGAUGUAUCAGUACUCAUUGGAAUGGUUUGUCAACAUUUUCCUCCACGGAAUUAGAAAUGCAGACAGAGCUGAUAAUGUGCCCCAACGAGUUCAGAAUAUCAACAACUUCUUCACCUUCAGCCUCUACUCCAAUGUCUGUCGGAGCCUCUUUGAAAAACACAAACUCAUGUUUGCAUUCCUGAUCGCUAUUCGAAUUCUCCAAAACGGAGGUUUCAUCAAUGCGGAAGAAUAUCGUUAUUUGUUGGCUGGUGGAACCACAAAACCCAGGGAAGUUCCUAAUCCAGCACCCGAGUGGAUCUCUGACCGCAUGUGGGGAGAUGUGCUUACUCUAACUGCACUGCCGAAGUUUGCGAGCCUCCCAGAGAGCAUAACCUCAGAGAAGGAUGGCUUCAAAGCCAUAUUUGACUCACCAGAGCCCCAUCGUGCCCGCUUUCCUGAUCCAUGGCAAGACGAACUGGACAGCUUCCAGCGCAUCCUUUUAUUGCGAUGUCUGCGCGCCGACAAAGUGACCAAUGCAAUGCAAGACUUUGUUACUCAUCAUCUAGGCCAGAGGUUUGUUGAACCACAAACCACCAACCUACCAGAGGUAUUCAAAGAGAGUUCACCUGCGGCGCCACUCAUAUUUAUCCUAUCACAGGGUACCGAUCCAGCCUCGGAUUUGUAUAAAUUUGCCGAUGAGAUGCGUUUUGGUGGGAAAAAACUUUCUGCCAUCUCACUUGGUCAAGGUCAAGGGCCCCGAGCCGAAGAACUCAUGAGAGCCGCCAUGGACCGUGGCAUUUGGGUUUUCUUCCAGAACUGUCACCUAGCGCCAUCAUGGAUGCCAGUUUUGGAGAGGUUGGUGGAACAAAUUGAUAAAGAUAGGGUUCAUCGUGAUUUCCGUCUGUGGCUAACCAGCAUGCCGAGCCCCAACUUUCCAGUUUAUAUCCUUCAGAACGGAUCGAAGAUGACCGUUGAACCACCAAAAGGAAUGAAAGCCCACCUGAUGCGCACAUACACUGGUCUCAACGAUAAUUACUUAAGUCAAGUGCCGGAUAAAAAUUCUGUAUUCAGACAGUUGCUGUUUUCACUGGCUUUCUUCAAUGGCGUUUUGGUUGAGCGAAAAAAAUUCGGACCCCUUGGAUUCAACAUUCCAUACGAAUUCACCACCGGUGAUCUGAGAAUUUGCAUGGAUCAGUUGAUUAUGUUUUUGACGGAGUAUAUGGAGGUACCAUACAAGGUACUCUGCUAUACUGCUGGACACAUCAACUACGGCGGCAGAAUCACAGAUGACUGGGAUCGAAGGUGUGCUAUGAGUAUUUUAGAUGAGUACUACAACAACCGAGUUCUACAAGACGAUUAUUCUUAUUCUCCAUCUGGCAUUUAUCAUCAGCUUCCUGGAACUUCAGAUCAUGGGAUCUAUUUGGAGUACAUUAAGUCGUUACCGAUCAAUGACCUGCCAGAAAUAUUCGGUCUCCACGAUAAUGCAAAUAUAACGUUUGCACAAAACGAGACGUUCGAAUUACUGGGCUAUCUACUCCAGCUACAACCCCGUGCAUCAACAGGGUCUAGUACAGGGCAGCAAGUCGAGGAGGUAGUCGAGGAGAUCAGCCGGUCACUGUUAGCCAAAACACCAAAGCCAUUUGACUUGGAGGAAGUCAUUCAAAGAUAUCCAGUCAUGUACGAACAGUCGAUGAAUACCGUACUUACCCAAGAAGUUAUCCGGUACAACAAUCUACUCAGCGUGAUUCAUCAAACAUUAAACGACCUAAUCAAGGCAGUCAAAGGGUUGGUAGUCAUGUCCGCUAGUCUUGAAGAGAUGGCUGGUUCCCUGUUUAACAACCGUGUUCCAACGAUUUGGGCAAACAAGGCUUAUCCUAGCCUGAAACCACUGGCUGCCUGGGUGGAGGAUUUGAUUCUCCGCGUUCGGUUCAUACAAGACUGGAUCGACAACGGGGUCCCGCCGGUGUUCUGGAUUAGCGGCUUCUACUUCCCACAGGCAUUCCUUACGGGUACUUUGCAAAAUUACGCAAGGAAAAAAAGAAUCUCCGUGGAUACAAUAUCAUUCGAUUUCCAGGUUAUGAAACAAGCAGUGACAGAACUGACAGAGUUACCCACUGAUGGAAGUUACAUUCGUGGCCUAUUCCUAGAAGGAGCACGUUGGGAUAUGCAAAAUCACAAGCUUGGCGAAUCACGACCGAAAGAGCUUUAUGUGAAUAUGCCUGUCAUCUGGCUUAUUCCUGUGGCACACAGAAAACCUCCAACAAAGGGCAGUUAUGAGUGUCCAGUGUACAAGACACUUACACGAGCUGGGCCAACACUUAAAACUGACGACUCCGUUCGUCAUGAAUCGGUUUUGCGUGCAGUAUCUGCUCGGCAAAUGGCGCCGACAUCCUCAAGCAUCUUCAAAGCAAUCUUCAAGCCUCGACACCCAGUCUAUUUGGCCGCCUUCAAUGUCCGCACUCUGAAGCAAGCAGGACAAGCUGCUCUUGCACUCACGCUGGACUGCUUGGCAUUGAUCGAAAGUCUUCUCCAUCUCUUGGGCAUUCGAAAUCCACCACUGAUAGCUGCCAUUCUCAAAGCUCCUGAUUAUCCGGUGUUUGAGAGGUCUGCGUGCGCCAUCAUAGUCGCUAGUUGCUGCAAAGUAUUAAGUGCUACUGCAAGAAAAAAAUCGUUCAGCUGUAACAACCAUUCGGCGCGCAACUGCUAUGCCACCCAAAGGAAACACAAGAGUUCAGAUACUGUCAGGUUGCAAACCCUACACAGGGGAAGUGAAGAAGCAGGGGUCGGAUUUGAACCACGAUCCUCCUGGCCAAUAAAUUCGCGCUCUACCCACCAAACCAUCACGCUCCCUGCUGCAAAACGGGGUGGGCUCAAACCCUAG